AUGAACUCCUUCUUCUUGGCCAUGUCCCUAGCUGGACUAACCAGCGCCUCGGACAUCGAAUAUACUAUUGCAAAGCGAUCUGGUGGCUCCUCAUGGUACUUCUACGAAGCUGUCAAUGAUGACCUGGCACGCUAUUCAAUCCUGGCACUGGGCUGUGCCGCCGCUGCCUAUUACAUCUGGCAGCUCUCCUUUCGUUUUUCGCGUCACCUCCGACGCCUUGCUAGCUUCACCGAUGACCGACAGCGAUACUUCGUAUCGACACAUGAUACUUUCGCGUGGAUCAAGGAGCAUAUCAUCUAUGCUGCGCUGUUCCGCACCAGACACAACCAGGAGCUACAGCUCUCAUCAGCUAUCAACAUGGGUACUCUGCCCAGCCGCUUCCAUGCAUUCCUUGUAACUGGUGUUGUCGCCAUGAACGUUGCUCUGUGCUGUGUUACCACCCCAUAUGGCAACGAGGAAGAUACAUUGGCCGGUAUUGUGCGCAACCGCACUGGUACCAUGGCGACUGUCAACCUUAUCCCCCUGGUCAUCAUGGCUGGCCGUAACAACCCUCUCAUCGCUAUGCUCCAUGUUCCUUUCGAUACUUGGAACUUGCUUCACCGAUGGCUGGGACGCAUUGUAGUCCUCGAGAGUCUUGCACAUGUGCUCGCGUGGGCUAUUCCUAAGGGCCAAGAGAAGGGCUGGGCCAUCGUCGGCAAGGCUAUGUUCGGAAGCAGCUUCCUGUUGACAGGAUUUGUGGCUGCUGUUGCUUUCGUCGCAUUGUUGCUCCACUCGCCCUCGCCUGUUCGUCAUGCCUUCUAUGAAACCUUCCUGCACCUUCACAUUGCCAUUGCAGCAGUCUCUAUGGGUUUCCUUUGGGUUCAUCUCAACGGACUUGCUGCGCAGACUUACCUGCUUGCAUCCAUCAUUCUGUGGGCUCUCGAGCGCGCCACCCGCUUCCUGAUCAUCGUGUACCGCAACUGUGGCCGUGAGUCCACCACCGCAUUCAUCGAAGCCAUGCCCGGUGACGCCAUGCGUAUUACUCUGCGCAUGGCCCGCCCCUGGACUUUCCGUCCCGGUCAACACAUCUACCUAUACGUUCCUGCCGUUGGAUGGUUGACCUCGCACCCAUUCUCCGUCGGCUGGAGCGAAAUGGAAGAUAACGUUUCAGACGAGAAGUCUCUCCCCCUCACCAGCCAGGACCUUCUCAACGCACCGCAGAAGGAAACCAUCUCCCUCCUAGUCCGUCGCCGCACCGGUAUGACCGACAAGCUCUUCCAGCGUGCCGUGAACGCCCCCGACUCCAAGAUCACUCUCCGCGCUUUCGCAGAGGGUCCAUACGGAAACAUCCACACCAUGGACUCGUACGGUACCGUGAUGCUCUUCGCCGGUGGUGUCGGUAUCACCCACCACGUCCCCUUCGUCCGCCAUCUGGUUGACGGAUUCGCGAACGGCACCGUCGCUGCUCGGCGUGUUACCCUCGUGUGGAUCAUUCAAUCCCCGGAACACCUGGAGUGGAUCCGGCCCUGGAUGACCAGCAUCUUGGCCAUGGAUCGUCGUCGUGAAGUCCUUCGCAUCAUGCUCUUCGUCACACGGCCCCGCAACACCAAGGAGAUUCAGAGCCCAUCAGCCACUGUGCAGAUGUUCCCUGGUCGUCCGAACAUCGAUACGCUCAUUGGCAUGGAGGUCGAGAACCAGAUUGGCGCUAUGGGCGUGUUGGUCUGCGGCAACGGUGGCUUGAGUGAUGACGUGCGCCGUGUCUGCCGCAAGAGGCAGGCUCGCUCCAACGUUGACUAUGUGGAAGAGAGUUUCUCUUGGUAA